ACAAGUUUAGAUUAAAACGUAAACAAAUAAAGUGUCCCGCAAGUUAUACGUCAUCUCUGCGCGCCAGUGUUGUUGUAGUUUGGACUGUGUGAAUUCAAGACAACCUACGGUCGUCAUCAUGGUGGUGUUUCCCAGUUCGCUGACGGAGGAAGAGGAGGCUUUGCAGAAGAAAUAUGCUAAACUAAAAAAAAAGAAAAAGGCUCUGCUUGCUUUGAAGAAGCAGAGUUCAACCAGCCAGACAAGCCAGAGUGGUUUGAAACGAACAUUAUCAGACCAGCCUGUUGUUGAUACUGCAACUGCAACAGAGCAGGCCAAGAUGCUCAUUAAAUCUGGGGCCAUCAGUGCCAUCAAAUCUGAGAACAAGAACUCAGGUUUCAAACGUUCUCGAAUGCUGGAAAUCAAACUCAAGGACCCAGAAAAAGGCCCAGCUCCUGCUUUCUUACCGUUUCAAAGAAGUGUGUCUACAGAUGAUGACCAACCUGAGUCUGGAAAGAGAGGCCCCAGGAAAUCUCUGUACGACAGCUUCGUCAGUUCAAGUGAUCGGUACCGGGAUGAGGAGGAAGGAGGUGGCAUGCCAGCCAGCCGUGACAUGGACAGAGACCGGGAGCGAGAUCGAGAUCGAGAACGAGAGCGGGACAGAGAGCGAGAGAAGGAGCGAGACGUGGAUAGAGAACGGGACAGAGACAGAGACAGAGAUCGAGAAAGGGAUAAAGAAAGAGACAGAGGCAGAGAUGGGGAAAGGGAUAGAGAAAGAGACAGAGGCAGAGAUGGGGAGAGAGACCGGGACCGUGAAAGAGAACGGGAUCGAAGCCGAGAAAGGGAUCGAGACCGGGAAAGAGACAGGGAGAGAGACAGAGAUGGACCUUUCAGACGAUCAGACUCGUACCCAGAGCGACGAGGGGUGCGAAAGGGGAACACGGUGUACGUUUAUGGCUCUGGACUGGUGGAGGACAGUCUGCGCUCUGCUUUCUCUCAACAUGGAAACAUCAUUGACCUCUCCAUGGACAACCCACGCAAUUGUGCUUUUAUCACAUUUGAGAAGAUGGAAUCUGCGGACCAGGCUGUAGCCGAGCUGAACGGAAGCAUGGCGGGAGAUGUUCACAUCAAAGUGAGCAUCGCCAGGAAGCAGCCGAUGCUGGAUGCUGCCACCGGCAAAUCAGUGUGGGCCUCACUUGCGGUGCAAAACAGCACUAAAGGAUCCUACAGGGACAAGAGGAACCAAGUAGUGUACAGUGAAGAUUUCCUGAAAUGAAAUAUUUCAUGUUUGCCAGCUGCUUUAGCUUACCUUGUUGCUAAAUAGAUUCAAAAUGUUCAUCCAUUAAAUACCUUUAUUGUAUUUGACACAUUUGGGAUGUGAUGCUCUGUGUGAUGAUUUUUCUCUAAAACUAGAGUUGUGUUUUUUUCAUCUUAAUAAAUCACCUUUACGC